AUGACCCGAUUUAGCAGCCUUAUCUUUCUGUUUGCCUUGUUGGUUGCGUUGGUAUCGGCCACUCCUUCUCGCGGCAGCAGCAGCAGUGGCAGCAGCGUGGGAGAACGAGCUCUGUUUGGGUAUUCGUACAGCGAAGACUGUCUGUUCGGUACCAGUUCUCAUCUAUUAUAUGGAGCCCCCAAGCCCAAGCCCGCGGUGCCACCCACCACCACAACAACAACGACCAUUCCCGUCAAAAAGGUUGACACCAGACCUACCGAGGAGUCUGCUGCUGGUUCUACCGAUGACAAGCGCACUGUGGCAUUUGUGCGUCGUUCCCAUUAUUAUCCACAGGCCACUUUCGGACAAUGGAGUUGCUGA